AAGGACUUGAACAUGCCUCGAAGCCCAACAUCAAGUGAAGAUGAAAUGGCCCAGAGCUUCUCAGACUAUUCUGUGGAAUCUGAAUCGGACAGCUCCAAAGAGGAAACUAUUUAUGAUACAAUUAGAGCUACUGCAGAAAGGCCGAGCAGCAGAAUGGAAGACAGUCAGAGCAAUACAUUAGUGAUUCGAAUCAUAAUACCUGAUCUACAGCAAACAAAAUGCAUUAGAUUUAACCCUGAAGCUUCAGUAUGGGUUGCAAAGCAACGGAUUUUGUGCACUUUGAAUCAGAGUUUAAAAGAUGUCUUAAAUUAUGGACUGUUCCAGCCUGCAAGCAAUGGUAGAGAUGGAAAAUUUUUGGAUGAGGAACGACUUCUUAGGGAAUACCCACAGCCGGUGAAUAAGGGAGUUCCUUCCUUAGAGUUUCGGUACAAGAAGAGAGUGUACAAACAGUUCAGUCUUGAUGAGAAACAGCUGGCUAAGCUUCAUACCAAGGCUAAUUUGAAAAAAUUUAUGGAUCAUGUCCAUCAUCUCUCAGUGGAAAAAAUCACAAAGAUGUUAGACCGAGGACUGGACCCCAACUAUCAUGACCUAGAAAGUGGAGAAACUCCGUUAACUUUGGCAGUUCAGCUUGACAAUACUGUAGAAGUGAUAAAAGCUCUGAAAAACGGAGGAGCACAUUUAGACUUCAGAGCCAAAGAUGGAAUGACAGCUCUGCACAAAGCAGCUCGAGCCAAGAACCAAGUAACCCUCAAGACCCUUUUAGAGCUUGGAGCAUCUCCUAACUAUAAAGACAGUUGUGGCCUGACCCCGCUGUACCACACGGCGGUCGUGGGAGGGGAUCCUUACUGCUGUGAGCUGUUGCUUCAUGAACACGCUACGGUCAGCUGCAAAGAUGAAAACGGAUGGCAAGAAAUCCAUCAGGCCUGUCGGUAUGGGCACGUCCAGCAUCUGGAGCACCUGCUCUUCUACGGAGCCGACAUGGGUGCGCAGAAUGCGUCGGGAAACACAGCGCUGCAUAUCUGUGCCCUGUACAACCAGGAGAGCUGUGCAAGAGUGCUGCUGUUCCGAGGAGCCAACAAGGAGAUUAAGAAUUAUAACAGUCAGUCUCCAUUUCAGGUGGCUAUAAUAGCAGGAAAUUUUGAGCUUGCUGAAUACAUCAAGAAUCACAGGGAAGCUGAUAUUGGAUCCUGCUUCCCAUAUCCAAGUAGAAGUCCCAGGAAUCUGUUGCUGGCAGUGCCCUUCAGAGAGGCUCCUACCUAUUCAAACCGGAGGCGGCGGGCGCCGAGCACCUUGGCCGCCCCCCGCGUCUUGCUCCGGUCCAACAGCGAUAACAACCUCAACAUCAACAACCUCCCCGAGUGGUCGGCCUCCUCCUCCGCCUCUUCCCACCGCAGCCUCUCGCCUCAUCUGCUUCAACAGAUGCAGAAUAAUCCUAAUGGCACCGUGAAAACUGUUGGGACUUACACGCCGUCCUCGCGGAGCCGCUCGCCAUCCCUCAACAGGCUGGGAGAAGAUGCCAAGAGGCAGCAGCACAGGCACAUCAGUGCUGGUUACAGUCCUAGUGCCAACAAGGAUACGCUCUCUGUCUUGGAUUAUCAGGGUCCAAAACGCAAACUUUACAGUGCUGUACCUGGAAGACUUUUUAUUGUCGUAAAGCCAUAUCAACCUCAAGGAGAAGGGGAGAUUCAUCUGCACAAAGGAGACAGGGUGAAAGUUUUGAGCAUCGGUGAAGGUGGCUUCUGGGAAGGCAGUACCCGGGGACAUAUAGGAUGGUUUCCUGCAGACUGUGUCGAAGAAGUUCAGUGCAAACCGAAUGAAAUCAAACCAGAAACACGAACAGAUAGAACAAAGAAACUCUUUAGACACUACACGGUCGGAUCCUAUGACAGCUUUGAUGCUUCAAGUGACUGCAUCAUCGAGGAAAAGGCAGUGGUCUUGCAGAAAAAGGACAAUGAAGGAUUCGGAUUUGUGCUCAGAGGGGCAAAAGCUGACACACCAAUUGAAGAAUUCACCCCAACUCCAGCCUUUCCUGCUUUGCAGUACUUGGAAUCGGUGGACGAAGGGGGAGUAGCAUGGCAAGCUGGCUUGAGAACUGGAGACUUUUUGAUCGAGGUUAAUAAUGAGAAUGUGGUGAAAGUCGGACACAGGCAGGUGGUGAACAUGAUCCGGCAAGGGGGCAACCACCUCGUCCUUAAGGUUGUCACAGUAACCAGGAAUCUUGAUCCAGAUGACACAGCUAGAAAGAAAGCCCCACCACCUCCUAAGCGAGCUCCAACCACUGCACUGACCUUGCGGUCUAAGUCCAUGACCUCAGAGCUUGAAGAGCUUGUGGACAAAGCUUCAGUACGGAAGAAGAAGGAUAUUCUCCCUUCACAUUUUGAAGGUUUGAAGAAGAGGAUUGUUUUUCGAGUCACACUAAAUAAGGUGGAUGAAAUAGUACCAGUUUCCAAGCCAUCAAGAAUUGCAGACAAUGCAACCAUGGACUCAAGAGUGGCAACUAUUAAACAGCGGCCUUCUAGUAGAUGUUUUCCCUCAGCUACAGAUAUGAAUUCCAUGUAUGAGAGACAGGGUAUUGCUGUGAUGACGCCCACGGUACCAGGGAGUCCUCAAGGUCCUUUUCUGGGUAUACCUCGGGGUACAAUGAGAAGACAAAAAUCUAUAGGAAUAACGGAGGAAGAGCGGCAGUUUUUGGCUCCUCCUAUGUUAAAAUUUACCAGAAGUCUUUCGAUGCCUGACACCUCUGAAGACAUCCCGCCACCACCACAGUCCUUACCCCCGUCACCACCACCUCCUUCUCCGUCUCUCUACAACUCUCCCAAGUCCCCCACAUCGAGGAGCUAUGGAACAAUCAAACCUGCCUUUAAUCAGAACUCAGCUUCGAAAAUCUCUUUGGUUAGGCCUGAAAAUGUGGGAACGAUGAUGCGGGACAAAGGGAUCUACUACCGACGAGAGCUGGACCGUUACUCGCUGGAUUCGGAGGACUUGUACAGCAGGGCUGCCACAUCUCAGGCAAAUUUCAGGAGCAAGAGAGGUCAGAUGCCAGAAAACCCCUACUCAGAAGUGGGGAAGAUCGCCAGCAAGGCGGUUUACGUGCCGGCCAAGCCGGCGCGGCGGAAGGGGAUGCUGGUGAAGCAGUCCAACGUGGAGGACAGCCCGGAGAAGACCUGCUCUAUUCCAAUUCCCACCAUCAUCGUCAAAGAACCGUCUACCAGCAGCAGCGGGAAGAGCAGCCAAGGGAGCAGCAUGGAGAUCGACCCUCAGUCUUCGGAGCAGCCGGGGCAGCUCAGACCCGAUGACAACUUAGGCGUCAGCAGCCCCUUCGCAGCAGCCAUCGCUGGAGCAGUGAGGGACCGUGAGAAGCGGCUGGAAGCGAGGCGCAAUUCCCCGGCCUUCCUCUCAACGGACCUAGGAGACGAGGAUGUUGGGCUGACUCCCCCGACGCCACGUAUGAGGCAGUCCAAGUUCACUGAUGAAGGAAUGUUUAGCAGCGAAGAGGGUUUCCGACAGCUUAUGUCGCCAUCUCCGGUCCCCGCACCCAGAGAGCCUGAGAGUCUUUUUAAUAGUAGUGAACCCAGCAGUCAAAGUGAUCCAAGGACAUUAAACGCUUCACCCAAACCCAAAGGCACUGAAAACAGCACGGUGGCAGCUAAGCCCGCAAAUGCCUCCAGCUCAGAUAACUAUGUGCACCCGGUCACGGGAAAGCUCUUAGACCCAAACUCACCGCUAGCCCUCGCUCUCUCUGCCAGGGACCGAGCCAUGAAAGAACAAACACAGCAAAUUCCAGGCAAGGGAGAAGCUGGCAAAGCAGACCUUAACAAGCCACUUUACAUCGACACGAAGCUGCGACCCAACAUGGAGACGACGUUCCCUGUUACUGCUGCCGUCACUAGGCAGAACACGCGGGGUCCCUUGAGAAGGCAGGAGACAGAGAACAAGUAUGAAGCGGAGGCAGGGAAAGAAAAGAAGGCUGAGGAGAAGAAGAACAUGUUGAUCAACAUAGUGGACACUUCACAGCACAAGUCGGCUGGUUUGUUGAUGGUCCAUACUGUGGACACGGCGAAGUCGGACGACACACCAGAGGAUGAAGAGGAGAAGAGGGUGGAAACGGAGCCCAACGCUGAGAACUCCCCGCCAGAGCGACCGGAAGGCAGUGCGGAUGCGGAGGGCGAGCUGAGCGUGCCCUCUGCGCCGCCGGAGCCACCAGCAUCCCCCUGCAAAACCAUCGUGGCGGCGGGCUCCGUGGACGACCCCGUCAUCCUGCCCUUCCGCAUCCCGCCCCCGCCCCUGGCGUCCGUCGACAUCGAUGAGGACUUCAUGUUCACCGAGCCACUGCCGCCCCCCUUGGAGUUCGCCAACAGUUUCGAUAUCCCCGACGACCGCUUGGCUCCCGGAUCUGCCCUGACAGACCUGAUGAAGCAGAGGAAGAACGGAACGCCCGCGCCCGCGCCAUUCGCCCCCAGCCAGGCACCCAACUCCUUGGACAGCAAAAAGCAAGCGGGUCUUUCAAACUGUUUGCCUGCCUCCUUCCUGCCACCCCCCGAAAGCUUUGAUACCGUCACUGACUCUGGGAUUGAGGAGGUGGACAGUCGGAGCAGUAGUGACCAUCACUUAGAGACAACCAGCACUAUCUCAACGGUGUCCAGCAUCUCUACCUUGUCCUCGGAAGGUGGCGAGAACUUGGAUACUUGCACAGUCUAUGCAGAUGGGCAAACAUUUCUGGUGGACAAACCCCCAGUACCUCCUAAGCCAAAAAUGAAGCCCAUAAUCAACAAAAGCAAUGCACUUUACAAGGAUGCGCUGAUUGAGGAAACUGUAGACAGCUUUGUUAUUCCUCCCCCCGCUCCACCCCCACCUCCGAUCAGUGCCCAGCCCAACAUGGCUAAGGUUGUUCCCCAAAGGACAUCGAAGCUAUGGGGUGAUGUGACGGAGGUGAAAAGCCCAAUUCUCUCAGGCCCAAAGGCUAAUGUCAUUAGUGAGUUGAACUCGAUACUGCAGCAGAUGAACAGAGAGAAAUCCUCAAAGCCAGGGGAAGCGUUGGAGUCACCUACUGGAACUAAGACUGCAAGUCUCAGUACAAGGAGCACAGAAGUCAUGAGCACUGUCUCAGGUACCCGAAGUACAACAAUCACGUUCACUGUCCGCCCUGGAGCCAGCCAGCCGAUCACUCUGCAGAGCAGGUCCCCAGACUAUGACAGUAGGACCGCAGGAGCAAGGCAUGCUCCCAGCCCUGUGGUUUCGCCUACAGAGAUUAAUAAAGACAUCAUGCCUGCUCCUCUCACUGCUUCUGCUUCAGCCUCAUCUCCUUCUCCAACUCUGUCUGAUGUAUUUAGCCUACCCAGCCAGCCCCCCUCUGGGGACUUAUUUGGCUUGACCACAGGGCGCAGCAGGUCUCCUUCUCCCUCAAUAUUACAACAGCCAAUCUCAAAUAAGCCUUUUACAACUAAGCCUGUCCACCUGUGGACUAAACCAGAUGUGGCAGAUUGGUUGGAAAGUCUAAACUUAGGUGAACACAAAGAAACAUUUAUGGACAAUGAAAUAGAUGGCACUCAUUUACCAAAUCUACAAAAGGAAGAUCUGAUAGACCUUGGAGUGACUAGAGUUGGGCACAGAAUGAACAUAGAAAGAGCUUUGAAACAGCUGCUGGACAGAUAAGAAUAGCUACUUUGCCUCAUAAACUUCUGUUGAUAACUAGAGAUGGGCUGGUACUGAACUACCCCAAUUGCCUUGUCUGUCUGCGAGUGCCAGCCAAAUUGGGGGCGGGAGGGGGGGAUGCCGAAUUCCUGGUACUCAGGUAACGCAGACUGUAUGCGACAUGCCCAAACACAAACAAACAUGUCACGUGAGCGGGGCUAUUCUAUUUCAAACUCGUGGGGAGAUAUGAGAGAGAGAAAGAGAGAGAGAGAGAGAGAAAAUUGUUAACUUCAAACAUACUACCAUCUAUUGAUAGUGUCAUUCUGCUGGAGCCAUUACUUUUUUUUUUUUUUUAAUCAAAAGCAUUUCACUUUUUUAAUUUAAAAGCACUAUAUUCACUCCUUGACAUUCACUCAGUCUCCUAGCAGGUUUUCUUCCCAAACCUUAAAUUCAUUUUAGGAGGAGAGACACAUGCUUCAAUGCCUUUUUAAGCCAUUUCUGCUAGGGUUAGAUGCACAAUUUUAAGGCAGGUGCAAAAGCUGACAUUAGUGUUUUUAACGAGUUUAGCUAAUUUAUUAGCAGUGAAGCUGGUUGUUCUGCUGGAAUUAGUUCAAAGGUAACCUUGCUCUGUUUUACUUGGUAUUUAUUUAUUUCUGCAGUUACAUUUAGUGCUCUUCCAAGGUGGCAGAACAAGUUCAGCACACGCUCCAUUGGCUUGACCUGUAAGACGGUGCAGACGGUGCGUACGCACCGAGACGGAGCGCUCCCUUAGAGGUACAACAAAAUGAAGCUAGCUUGAACCUGAGACCCCCAGUUUUCAACCAGCUGAACUACUGCUAAGGCGCACCGUGAGCUCGACAAGCCAGAAACGAUUUGGGCUUAAGUGCAGGCGCAUCUUUUAGACUUCAUAGGCAGGGACUCAAACAUGCGGAGCCCCAAGAGGGGCCGUUUAAUUCAGUGAGUCAUGAGUGCUUAGCCAUUUUGAACAUCA